AUGGACCGACUGGAAUCGAUCCUGGCCGAAAUGGGAUCAGUGAUAGUCGCCUACUCCGGUGGAGUUGACAGCGCGUUGCUGGCUCUUGCGGCCCACCGAACCUUGGGAGAGCAAGCCCUAGCGAUAACAGCAAUUUCCCCUGCGUUGGCUUCAAGAGAGUUGGACGGCGCGGUGCAAUUGGCAGGAAAGUUCGGAUUCGGACACCGCACUAUCCAGACCGAUGAAAUGGACCGGGAAGGUUACGUGGCCAACGCGUCCAACCGAUGCUACUUUUGCAAAACCGAACUAUAUACCAACUUGUGCAAGCUGGCGGAAGAUGAGGGUUAUGCCUGGGUAGCCAACGGGGCCAAUCUGGAUGACUUGGGCGACUACCGGCCCGGCCUGCUGGCUGCCACCGAGAACAAGGUGCGCAGUCCACUAGUAGAAGCAAACCUGGACAAGGAAACUGUAAGGCUCCUUGCCAAGAGCCUGGAGAUGCCUGUUUGGGACAAACCGGCCCAACCUUGCCUGUCGUCGCGCAUACCUUACGGUAUUCCUGUGAGUGCCGAAACCCUGUCCAAAAUUGAACGGGCUGAAGACUAUCUCAAGAGCUUGGGCUUAAAGGAAGUUCGGGCCCGACAUCACGACAACCACUGCCGGGUCGAGGUGGGAGAAUCGGAAAUGGAGUCAGCCUUUGCCCAACGCAAGGAAAUCGCUGCCAACCUCAAGAAGAUUGGCUACCUCUGGGUAUCCCUGGAUUUGUCGGGGCUGCGCUCCGGCAGCUUAAACGACCAACUGGGAUCAACAAUUUCCAUCAAAGCCAACCCCGAAACAGGUCCUGACAUGGCCGAUUCACAAACCCGCGGGAACUGA